AUGGACCACCUCCCCUCCUUCGGCAAGGCCAUCUCCCAAGUCAUGCUCCCAACCUUCAAAGCCUACGCGCCCCUCCUAUCCCAACACGCCGGCUCCAUCAAAUCCACACGGCGCGAAACAUUCUCCUACGGUCCUCACCCUCGUCAACAACUCGACGUCUACACACCUUCAUCUUCACCUCCAGCAUCAUCACCUUCUGGAGAGGGCGGUGGCGGCGGCGGAAGGUCAAUCACCACCGCCAACCCCAACUCGGUCUUCAUAUUCCUGUACGGCGGCGGCUUCGUCAACGGCGCCAAAAUCCUACCGAAUUACCCGAAAGAAGGACAGGAAAGUCUUGUCUACGCCAAUCUAGGCCACUUCUUCGCCGAGAAUCUGGCUCUGAAGACCGUCAUUGUUGAUUACAGACUGAUAUCGCACGGCGCCAAAUUCCCUUCUGGCGGUCACGAUCUCGAGCUCGCGAUCGACUGGGUCGUCGACAACUUGGACCUCAACCACGACCGCAACCACAACCACAACCACAACCACAAUAGUAACUCCCCCCGUGAACAACACGAGCACGCACCGCUUGACCUGUACGUCAUGGGCAACUCGGCCGGCGGCGUGCAUCUAGCCACCUACCUCCUCGCGCCGGAUUUUGCCGAGAGUCGACGGCGCCUUCUGAAACCCUCGCUCACACCCGCACCAGCACCCACCCUGGGGACCUCGUCCAGGUCCAACACCGGCUCCAGCUCCGGCACCAGAGCGGCCGACGGCAAACCGAAUACUAGUACCAACGCCAGCCUGAAAGGCGUGAUAUUUCUCUCCGUCCCCUUCCAUUUCGACCGCGCCCUCCCCGAACGCAAAAACACGCUGGCAACGUACUAUGGCGACCACGACGACGCUGUAUCGACCCGAUCGCCGCUCGGCCUUCUCCGGGCCGCGAAAAGAUCGAAGUCCCCGGUGGGUGAUGGCUCUGGCUCUAGCUCUACCUCUGGCUCCGGCUCUGGCUCCGGCUCCGGCUCAGCCAUUAUCGACGACGUCAACGACCUUGCCGCAAACAUAUCAGUCCUAGUAUUGAAAGGGUCGCUGGACCCCGAGGACGAGAUCUUGGGCCCCAUCACGGAUUUCGUCGACGAGUGGCAGGGGCACGCGCAAGAGCAAGAAAACACGGAGGGCAAGGACGUGGAAGCCGGACUCGGACGGAAUACCACUGCUACUACCACUAGUUCAAAAUUGCAAUUGGAAUGCCUACCGGGCCAGCAUAAUCAUAUCAGCCCCGUAUUGAGCCUGGGCACGAGAAUACCGGCCGAAGAGGCCUGGGGACGGCGCGUGGUGGAUUUUGUGGCUACGACUUCGACUUCACGCUCGUAACUUGAAUGGACCAUGGUAUGAUACGAGAUACAGAUACAAAGACAAAUACGAGGACCAUUGGACUAAGACUACGAAAUUG